ACAAACAGUGCGGCCGUCGUCGUUGUUGUGCAAUAUUUAAUAUUAACUAUUUAGCUCGAGAAUGGAGCCCCACAGUAAUCGUGCGUAAAAAUGGCCUCCAAUGUAGUGUCCCGCCUAUUGGUGCUGUCGUCAGUCGGGAUUGGUGGCUACCUGGCGGGCAGCUAUCUCGAACGCCGGAAGCAGGUGCCGGCCGAUUAUGUAAGCACCGAUCGCAAGACGAUCGGUGACUUCUGCCCCAAGCCGGCACUUCCGAUCUUUGGAACCGUUUCGGCUGCAUCCCUAAUUUCCUCACCGGCAGCACCGGUUAACGUGAGCCGGGUCGGUCAAAUCAUGAAGUACGGAUUUCCCGGAUUGGACAAUGUGCGUUCCUUCGACGACUACGUUUUGUCGUACGACCGGCGAACCCGUGUCGCGCACUGGGUAUUCGAACACCUUACGCCGGAAUCGGUCAAACCGAACGAUGCGGUGGAUCGGGCUAAAUCUGACUUUAAAGCGGACGACAGUAUACACCCAUUUUUCCGCUCGCUCAACACCGACUACAAAGGUUCCGGGUUCGAUCGUGGACACAUGGCGGCGGCCGGUAACCAUCGUGGCGAGCAAAAACACUGCGAUCAGACCUUCUACCUUACCAACAUGGCUCCACAGGUGAGCGCGGCAAUCUACUUAAGAGUGCUCAAUUGCUACAGCUUCGUUUACUUUCAG